AAGAGGAAGGAGGAGGAGGAGGAGGAGAAGGAGGCGCACUCCCCCGCGCGGACUGCUGCUAAACUUGCACGAGGGUUUGGUUUCCACCCAUAAUCCCUUUCUCUCGCCCUCCUGUCGGUGUUGACAAAGAGCCGAGCGGGACAGAGGGAUGCUGAUCAGGGAGGUCCAGUCUCGGUUCAGUCGGUGUGUGUGAAAUCGGCCUGCUUUUCCUGAGGAGAGAGAAAGAGCCGGCGGAGAAAGAGCGCAGCGCGCACGGCGUGGCUGACCCGCUGCGCUCGGGCACCGUGCGGGAGAACAAAGUGACCCGGAGACGCGGUUAUGAUCUUCAACAGCGCUGAAGUAUUAACGCACGGAACCGCGGCUGCAGCCCGCUGGGCUCCCUGACGGUUUUGGGUGGAUAAAUACCGGCAAUCCAGCCGCCACGCUGGACCUCAACGGAGAUCCGUCGUUCUCGCGGCGCCUCGCGGGGCCCAAACCGUGCAUGAAGCGCGAGAGCAUGGGCCGCUGUGACGGGAGGUGCACACUGGUGGUCAUCUGCUCCUUACAGCUGUUGGCUGUGCUGCAGAGGCAGGUGUUUGAUUUCCUGGGCUAUCAAUGGGCUCCCAUUUUGGCAAACUUUCUUCACAUCCUGGCGGUUAUUCUGGGAGUGUUUGGGACAGUGCAGGUCCGCUCACGAUAUCUUAUACUGUAUGCAGUGUGGCUCGUGGUCUGGGUUGGUUGGAAUGCUUUCAUUAUCUGCUUCUACCUGGAGGUGGGCCACCUGUCUCAGGAUCGGGAUUUCCUGAUGACAUUUAAUACCUCUUUACAUCGCUCCUGGUGGAUGGAGAAUGGGCCUGGUUGCUUAGUUACAACAGUGCCUGACUCCCCAUUGGCUCCACAAGACCAUCAUGUGAUCACGGUCAGUGGCUGCCUGCUGGACUACCAGUACAUAGAGGUGGUCAGCUCUGCCCUGCAAGUGUUCCUCGCACUUUUUGGCUUUGUAUACGCCUGCUAUGUUAGUAAAGUCUUCCUGGAUGAUGAGGACAGCUUUGAUUUCAUUGGUGGGUUUGACUCGUAUGGGUAUCAGCCACCGCAAAAGAGUUCCCACCUCCAGCUGCAGCCUCUUUACACGUAGGGCUGGGUAGGAAGACACGGACGCUCCCAAAGCAGAACUCUUCAGAGAAGCUGUCUUGUGCAUUGUGGGUUACAGUAUAUAGUUCUACAAAAUUGUCUGUGUUUCAGAAACUGUCUCCCUCUGCUGGCAGAAAACUAAACUGCAGCACAGACACUGUGCAUUCAGUGAGUCACUGUGAGAGAAAGGCUGUGGGUGAAAGCUUGUACUGCCACACGAAGUAGUUUAUGUCUCUGUGUACUUAGGAAUUUAAAGUGCACAAACUAUUUAGCAAAUUUGAAAUUCAUAGCUAUGAUUUAUUCCACAGAAUGCAGUUCAAUUUCAGAGCCAUAGAGCAUUGCAGUGGACUGCUCUGAUUAUGGUGUGCUUCCACUAUAUGGUUAGAAUCCAUUUUUUUCAAGUCCUUAUACUGACAUUUUUUUUGUGUGUGUUAAUUACGUACAAUAUUGUCUGUCAUCAGAAGACAAUGUACAUAUGCCCAUGGCCUGUGGGGGAGGGAGAAAAGGCAGGCAAACCAGUAACUGACAAUACCAUUGUUUUGCCUAUUUGCCUAGGCAUUGUGGGGGAAGAUGUGAGGACUCCGAUCCUUUUGCCAUGUGUGCAUUUGUGUGUAUGUUUAGUAUUAUUUGCGGGGAGGAUAACAUUUGACCCAGGUAACCUUUGAACUCUUUUCUGAGCUGCUCCUUCAGCUCCUCUGUGUGUGUGUGUGUGUGUGUGUGUGUGUGUGUGAGAACAUUUUUCUUUAUACUAUGACUUAAGCCAAUACAGUGUAAUGUUUUAGGUGAAAAUUUUAGAUUGGCUAGUUGUGUAGUUGGGGAAUGUCGUAGGAUUUUCUGCAUGUAAAUAUCAGAAAGAUUGUAGAGAGGCUGUACAUUAGUGUGUAUGUUUGAGUGGACUAAAAGUAUGUUCUGGUCCACUCUAGGAUGAAUGUGAGUAACUAUGAUUGUUUAUUUGUAAACCACUUUACAAUGAAUAUAUAUAUAUAUAUAUACUGUAUAUAUAUAUAUAUAUUCACAUACAUGGCUGAGGAUGGGAAUAAUGAGAAUGUGAGGGUGCAGAAGUUGUUGAAAUGAAUAAACUCUUUUUAGAAUAU